AUGUCUGAGUUUCCACCAGCUCAGCACAAAAGGGCCACAGGCCAAAAGAAACGGGAACGUCAGCCUUUGGUGUUCAUUUAUUUUGACCGCUUGGAUUUUCAUUACAAGAUUGAUCAAAGUACAACUGAUCCUUCUGCUUUCAAAAGGGAACGUCAGCCUUUAGUGUUCAUUUGUUUUGACCGCUUGAAUUUUCAUUACAAGAUUGAUCAAAGUACAAGUGAACUAUCAGCCUCAGAAAGUGAUCAAGGCGAUAUGAAAAACACGGAAGAGGAAUUCACCACGUUAGCUAUCAAAAUAGGUAUAACUGUCGCCAUUUUCCUUCUCAACAAUGGUUUGGCCUUGAAAGCCAUCGAGCUGUGCCAAGAAAGCUUGAUUUUACUGAACAAUGGUGAUUUAACCGCGGACAGUCCAGUUGCCAAGUCAUUUGACGAACGCAUCCGCACCACAGUGAAAAGGGCGUGGCUCACUCUAUGCAAUUCACCAGGUAUUAAAGAAUACCUCAGGGAACUUUUACUUCACCCUGAAGAGGAAAAGAAAUUUUAUGAAUCAGCAAUAAAUGUCAUGAAAAUGACCGAAAACAGACAAAAAGAAGCGGAAUAUUAUAGAAGACUAGGAGUGCUUCUGUGUUUCUUAGGAGAAUAUAACAAAGGGAAAGAAUAUUUGGAGAUAGCACUCGCUAUCCAGAUAAAAAUUGGCGACAGACGUGGAGAGGCAACAAGCUACACAGACAUUGGAAUACUGUUCAUGUCGCUUGGCAAAUAUGACAAGGCCCCCGAAUACCUGGAGAAAGCUCUCGCUAUCCAAAUAGAAGUUGGCGACAGACAUGGAGAGGCAACAAGCUACACGAAUCUUGGAGCACUAAAUGGAGAGGCAACAAGCUACCAUAGCCUUGGAACAGUGUUCCAGUCACUUGGCAAAUACGACAAGGCCCGAGAAUACUUGGAGAAAGCUCUUGCUAUCCAAAUAGAAAUUGGCAACAGAAAUGGAGAGGCAACAAGCUACCAUAGCCUCGGAACAGUGUUCCAGUCACUUGGAAAAUUCGCCAAGGCCCGAGAAUACUUAGCGAAAGCUCUUGCUAUCCAAAUAGAAAUUGGCGACAGAUAUGGGGAGGCAGCAAACUACUCCAACCUUGGACAACUGUUCAUAUCGCUUAGCAAAUACGGCAAGGCCCGAGAAUACUUGAAGAAAGCUCUCGCUAUCCAAAUAGACAUUGGCGACAGAACUGGAGAGGCCACAAGCUACGUGAACCUCGGAGCACUCAAAUACGACAAGGCACGAGAAUACCUGGAGAAAGCUCUCGCUAUCCAAAUAGACAUUGGCGACAGAAAUGGAGAGGCCACAAGCUACGUGAACCUCGGAACAGUGUUUCGGUCGCUUGGCAAAUACGACAAGGCUCAAGAAUACCUGGAGAAAGCUCUUGCUAUCAAAAUAGAAAUUGGCGACAGAAAUGGAGAGGCAACCAGCUACCAGAACCUCGGAACAGUGUUCCAGUCGCUUGGCAAAUACGACAAGGCCCGAGAAUACCUGGAGAAAGCUCUCGCUAUCCAAAUAGAAGUUGGCGACAGAUAUGGAGAGGCAACAAGCUACUCGAAACCCGGAGCACUGUUCGUAUCGCUUAGCAAAUACGACAAGGCCCAAGAAUACCUGGAGAAAGCUCUCGCUAUCCAAAUAGACAUUGGCGACAGAAAUGGAGAGGCCACAAGCUACGUGAACCUCGGAACAGUGUUUCGGUUGCUUGGCAAAUACGACAAGGCCCGAGAAUGCUUGAAGAAAGCUCUCACUAUCCAAAUAGACAUUGGCGACAGAAAUGGAGAGGCCACAAGCUACGUGAACCUCGGAGCACUCUGCGGGAACCUCGGAACACUGUUCAAAUCGCUUGGGAAAUAUUACAAGGCUCAAGAAUACCUGGAGAAAGCUCUUGCUAUCAAAAUAGAAAUUGGCGACAGAAAUGGAGAGGCAACAAUCUACAGGAACCUAGGAACACUGUUCAGAUCGCUUGGCGAAAAUGGCAAGGCUCAAGAAUACCUGGAGAAAGCUCUCGCUAUCAAAAUAGAAAUUGGCGACAGAAAUGGAGAGGCAACCAGUUACGGGAACCUCGGAGCGCUGUUUAGAUUGCUAGGCGAAUUUGGCAAGGCCCGAGAAUAUCUGGAGAAAAGAGCUCUCUCAUUAAGCAGGGAUGUUGGAAACAGCUCGCGUGAGUUUCAAUGCCUUCUUGAUCUAACGGUGUUGAAGGUAUCACAAAAUGAUCUUGAAGAAGCCUUUUCGUGUCUUUUCCAAACCAUUCAAAUUUUCGACACGUUGCGAGAAUCUCUAAAAGAAAAUGAUCAGUUUAAAACAUCACUUUUAGAGGAGCACGGUACCUUUCCAUACAAGUUGCUCAGUAGCUUACUUUCUUCCAAGGCAAAGCCACACCACGCCCUCUAUGUCGAGGAGUUGAGACGGGCGAGGGGCUUGGCCGACUUGAUGGGGGCUCGCUACUCUGUUGUAAAGCAGAUCUCAGGCGAUCCAAAAUCAUGGUAUGGGAUUCAAAACAUUGUCGCAAAGGAAGCUGACUGCGCAUGCCUCUACAUUUCUGUUGGAGAAAAGCAUAUGCACUAUUGGAUUCUCAAAGCAACAGGGGCUAUCAUUUUUAAAGAUGAAGAAGUGAGCCUGGACAAAAAUGUGGUGACCGGAUUAGUCCCUAACUUGGAUGAGUUUUUUACGAAAAGCUUUCGUGGCCAUGGCAUUUUACCCGAACAGAAUUGCGAAGAUCGAUCUCUAGAUGACACUGAAUCGAUGUCACUUUACCAUGAAAAUCACGCGCUCCUGCGCGAUUGUGAUGACAAAGGUAUCAAGACAAAUCUUCAAUUGUGUCACAAGAUAAUCAUCGCUCCUGUGGCCGCUUUACUGAAGGAGCCCGAAAUAAUCAUUGUCCCUGAUUCCUGUAUGUAUCAGGUACCAUUUGCGGCUUUAACUGACGAUGAAGGAAACUUUGUAUCGGAGACAUUCAGGUUACGCAUCGUUCCCUCUUUGACAACUCUCAAACUUAUUCAGGAAAGUCCCCCAUACUAUCACAGUCACACAGGUGCAUUGAUAGUCGGUGACCCUCAGGUUGGAGAGGUGAUUUACAAGGGAAGACGCAUGAAUAUAACAGGAUUGCCAUGUGCAAGAAAGGAAGCAGAGAUGAUUGGAAGACUUCUUGGUGUGACACCUUUGAUUGGAGAUCGCGCGACAAAGCAAGCUGUACUUCAAGCAAUACAUUCCGUGAGUCUGAUCCAUUUAGCUGCCCAUGGUAAUGCUGAAAGAGGAGAGAUUGUCCUUUCCCCAGAGUGUCCCGCUGACUAUGUUCCACGAGAAGGAGCCUUCCUCUUGACGAUGGCAGACAUUUCACGAAUUAAGCUUCGAGCUAAACUGGUGGUACUAAGCUGUUGUCACAGUGCACGUGGACAGAUUAAGGCCGAGGGAGUUAUUGGAAUCGCUCGAGCAUUCUUAGGAUCUGGUGCUCGCUCAGUGUUAGCGGCACGGUGGGCCUUAGAUGACACAGCCACAGAGAAGUUCAUGACUUGUUUCUACGAGCACUUGUUCCGUGGUGAAAGCGCCAGUGAAUCUCUUCACGAGGCCAGGAAAUGGAUGAGAAACAAUGGCUUUGUAGAAGUCUCUAAGUGGGCGUCUUUUAUGCUGAUUGGCGACAACGUGACAUUUGAUUUUGAAAAUUGGCCUGUGUCUAUUACAACCAAAUAG